AUGAGUAAGAAAAGAUCAAUUGAAGAGGAACAUCUUGCUAAGGAAUAUAAUCUUAAAAGGCACUAUGACACAAAUCAUAAAACAAACUAUGACCAAUACGUUGCAAAACUUCGUGAAGACAAAUUGUCGGAAUUGAAAUCAAUUCUUCAAAAACAACAAAGUGUAUUCACUAAAUGUGUUGAAGACAAUACAGCUGCUGUAAAAGUUAGUUAUAUAUUAUCACAUUUAAUCGCAAGCAGAUCGAAACCAUUUACUGAAGGGGAAUUUAUUAGUGAAUGCUUAAUUAAAGCGGCGGAAGUAUUAUGUCCAGCACAAAUAAAGAAAUUUAAAAGUCUGGCCGUUUUUAUUCGCGGAUGCGAUGUUAAUUUAAAAAUAAGUGAAGAACUUUUGGAAAUCAUUCCUAUACAUAAUACAACCACUGGAGCUGAUAUUUUUGAUGCACUUAUGGAAGUUUUGAAGAAGUAUAAGUUACCAUUGGAAAAGUUCGUUUGUCUUGCGACUGAUGGUGUACCUACCAUGACCGGUAUUACUAAAGGAGUUGUUGCAAGAUUAAAAGAAACAUGCAAACAGCAUGCACGUGGACUUAAUCAUCGUCAAUUUGCUUCAUUUCUGGAAGAUAUAGAAUGUGAAUACUCCGAUCUACCAUAUUAUACGGAAGUUCGAUGGCUUUCGAGUUAUAAAGUGUUAAAACGAUUCUUCAAAUUGGUAGACGAAAUCAUAAUUUUCUUGGAAAUAAAAAAUUAUGAAUGUGCUGAAUUAAAAGAUGGACAAUGGGUAAAGGACCUGGCUUUCUCAGUUGAUAUUACAAUCGCUCAGAAUUGA